AUGUAUGGCGACAAAUGUGAGUUUCUUACAACAAUUGAUAACAUUUAUACUGGUACUUUUGGAAUAUCUGUAGCUUUAAAAUGUUUACAUGAUUCGUCAAAUGUUGGCGAGGAUUUCCUGAAUGAA